AUGCAGACCGCAGCAGCAGCAGAACCGGCCGCCCUCCCGACCUCUCCGCAGCUGGUGGGUUUGGGAGACAGUGCUUUGAAGGUCUUCCCUGGAGAGGUUGUUUUACCUUUGAAUUCAAAGAGCAUUCGAAAAAGGCGGAAUCGGGGGGUCAAGGGACCAAGCAUCGGCGUUCUGGCCCUCGCUGCAGUUGCUGCUCUUACAGCAGGGUACUUAGUGGUGCGCUGCGCUGUGUUUUUGCUGAACAGUAGCAGGAGCACAGGGGAACUGAGAGUUCUUGCGGGGAAAGAAAAUGCAAGGCAGAAAGACCCGGUAGGAGCAUGCGGCUCAACAGAGGAUGAUCUCCGCGGAGCAGCUGCUCCGGCUGCUCACGUGGUUGAAGAAGUGGAUCCUAGUGAUGACUCCAGCUUGGCAGUAAGGGCUCGCGAUCAUCUUGCUAAACUUUCUAUUCUAAUUAGAGAUCAUAAGCAUGUAGUGCUUGAACUUAAUCCGCAUCUGAAAGCGAAGUGCGUUGCCGAGUUCCUGUGUCUAGCUGUGGUUGAGGUCUCAGCUCUGCUCUCCGUGUUGAUACCAGAACAGUGGGGAGCGAUGAAACGUGCUAUAUAUUCAACAUCCACGUUUGUAUGGGAUAUCCGCAAAAGUUUCGGUGGCUUUGACCUUACUCGCACGCGGGAACGACACAUUUCCUGUCUGCACAAAAUGCUGGAUGCGCUCCCAAAGGGCCCUCCACCUAAGCAAGCAUUACCGCAUGGGGAACGGGUGGUGAAACUGAGGGAGGUAUUGGAGCUUCAGACCCUUGUCCUGCGGCAGCUGGAAAUAGGACUUGGUUGGCUGACAAAUGCUGUGAAAUCCCUCCAGGAGGAAACAGGUGGCCUCGCAGAACUUGUAGCUGCUACUACUAGUACAAACAGUGCUGCUGAUAUAGGUAUAGCAGCAGCAGAAGGUGUUUCAGAACCUGUUGACAGUUAUUUAUCCAUUAACAGUGUUGCACACAAUAGAAUUACUGCAGCUGUCGUGGGCAUUGAACUAUUGGUUCACGAACGGAAGGACCAAAUCCUUCAAGAUCCGCUCCUCAGCCAUCUUUUGCGAAAGAUACACCCGCCAGGCCACUACGGCAUCACCAACCGCCAUCGUCUUGAUUAUCUGUCCAUGCAGGGGGUUAAACCCCAUGGUGAACUCUUAAACGCCCUGAGGAAGACUCACCUGGGAACGUAUAAACCACCGUGGGAGACUGUUCCCCCUUCGUACGUCGAUAUACAUUUGAAGGCCGCCGUGUCCGCCUUGAAAGAGGCGAGCAUCCUAGAGGAACUUCGGUUUCUUCCUGAAGACCCAAGCAGCAGCGAUCUCCAAGGUUUAGAAACAGAGGACACCGUUGCGGAGACCGUUGCCCAUUCUGCGUCCAGCAGAACUACUACCACUGCUGCUACAACUGGGGAGUGGCACGAGGUUUCACAGACUGCCAGGAACGACGAAGGCGUGCUUGCGGGGUUAGAAUCAAGUGUGUCCCAACAGAUGCUGCCUGCUGCUGCAGAAGCUCCAAGGAGCUUUAAGUUGGUGAAACAAACCCACGGGUCUUCCGACAACUCUAGUACUCCUGAAACCCAACAGACGCUUCCACCGAGUACAUUCAGAACUACUGUUUCUGCUUCUGCGGCUUACUCUCCUGAAACCGUUUUGUCGAGUCCAGGUGGUGGUUUCUUCGCUCCUGUUGCUUCGUCUUCAUCUGCUGCAUCGGGGGCUUCACUACAAGUGCCCAUAGCCUUUCCUGGAUUUACUGCCUCACGUGCACAUCCGGCACCAUCCUCAUCUGCACAACUUCGCUUCGAACGUCCGCGAGGGUCGCCAAGGCCCCAUGUUCCGUUCAAGCCGCGCGGUGUUCCUUUUCAGCGAGUACCACGGCAAGCAACUUCGAACGUUUUCGGUGGCCCUGCGGCGGCACGCCCAGGCCAACCGUUGCAGCUCCCAGAGAAGGGUGGAUAUGGGUGGCUACCAAGAAGAAUUCCCUACGAACACGCUGCCGCCUCCCUGCCCAAGGAAGAACCUGGUGAGCCAAUUGAGAUACCGAUUGCUGCAGGAUUUGACCUACCCGCAGAAACGGCGUUUGACCCUUCGAUAUGGGCGUCGCCGGUACCUGAAACGCAGCUGCUUUUUGCCGAUCCCCGUAGACCAACGAACUAUGGCCCACGUGCAGGAGGACCAAUGCAAGGAAUACCGGUGAAUAGGUCUGUCAAUUUGGAGGGAGGGUGGCACCCCAGACAAGACCUCCGCAGACCGUCUGUUACCUUGUUUCCCCAAACCGAACACAAUGAGUUAACUGCGUCAGCGUUUAGUCAAGGAUAUCAGCGAUUUGAAGAUAUCUCUGGGGAGAGGGAACGUUCUGUGUGGGACAAGGUCGCGUUGUUGUGGGGUGUAUCCACACCGGAGUCAAUGAAAGACUUUCGUCCACCUGCAGGUACAACAGGCACGGGACUACCGGAAGGCAGCUACGGCAGCCAAUUCGACUUGGAGGGAUGGGGACAACCCAGAGGAGACCUCCGUAGACCCACGAGUAGCGUCGUGCAAACGGAUCACCACAGGGAGUUAGCUAAGACAGCGGGUGCCUCAAAGCUUAGGCCUCAAGCACCCAGCUUCGUGGCAAAAAGCGUAUCUGGUCCGAGACCUUCGACGUCGGUGUUGCAUGUGUCUCUAUCGCAGCCCUCAUCAACCCCGGUGGCUGGAGUGUGGGGAACUCGUUCAUCUUCACAGCAGAGGGGAUUUCCUGUAGACCUCUACGGGCCCACCAUCUCGGAUGAAUGGAGUCCACGAAGAAGACAGUCCCGCACACCCGGACCCCGUAGUGGCCCCCUCGACAAUAGAGCACACGGAGAGUCCACAGAGGCGGCAAUUGCUGCAGGAUUUAGCGAACUUGGGCUGCUCUUCAAGGGGUUAUCUAGCGAAGAAUCAGGAGAAAAAGAGUACUUAGAGGGCAACAAGCGGUAG